UUUGAUAAAGGCAAGCUGUCACCGACGCAAUGGCUCACUCACACUCUCACAGGAAGCUGCGCCAAGCCGAGGCGGGAUACAGCCACUAAACACACAGGCACAGUCUGGGCGAAUGCGGUGCCACACGCAAGACACUGUUGUAGACAGCCUCCCACCUUUUUUGGACAUAACCGGACGCUCAGACUAAUCUUCAUCCCGCCGGGGCAGCGACAAUUUGGCUCACCUUAACAAUUUUCGUGACAGAGACUCGUCGUACAAGGGCAAAGGGGGACAAUCCGUUCGUUACCCUUUCGGUUGCUGCCCACACGCGCCGCUCUUAGUUGAUAAACUCGUUAUUCCAUUAUUUCCCAAUUGUCUAUUCGUGACUCCGGUGCGGCGUGAAGUGUGAAGCUGUACGGGAAGGAGCCACAAGUACGCAAUGGAGAACGCUCACACCAAGAGUGUGGAGGAAGUUUACAGUUAUUUCUGCGUCAAUGAGAGCACAGGACUCUCCCUGGACGAAGUGAAACGACAGAGAGAGAAAUGGGGCCCGAACGAAUUACCAGCAGAAGAAGGGAAAUCUUUAUGGGAGCUUGUCCUUGAACAGUUUGAAGACUUACUCGUACGAAUUCUUCUGCUGGCUGCCUGUAUUUCUUUUGUCCUGGCCUGGUUUGAGGAGGGGGAAGAAACUAUUACUGCCUUUGUGGAACCUUUUGUAAUUUUACUCAUUCUCAUUGCCAAUGCCAUCGUCGGGGUGUGGCAGGAACGUAAUGCGGAAGAUGCCAUUGAGGCGCUGAAGGAGUAUGAGCCUGAGAUGGGAAAAGUGUACCGGCAGGACAGAAAGACAGUCCAGAGGAUCAAGGCCAGAGACAUUGUUCCUGGAGAUAUUGUGGAAGUUGCUGUUGGAGACAAAGUGCCUGCUGAUAUCCGUAUAAGUUCAAUCAAAUCAACAACUUUGAGAGUGGACCAGUCCAUUCUAACUGGAGAGUCUGUUUCUGUCAUCAAACAUACAGACCCCGUGCCUGACCCACGUGCUGUCAAUCAAGACAAGAAGAACAUGUUAUUCUCUGGUACCAACAUUGCUGCCGGGAAGGCCGUGGGUGUGGUGGUGGCCUCAGGUGUUAAUACAGAGAUCGGUAAGAUCCGUGACGAGAUGGCAGCUACAGAGCAGGAGAAGACACCCCUGCAACAGAAGCUGGAUGAGUUUGGUGAACAGCUUUCCAAGGUCAUUUCCCUCAUCUGCAUUGCGGUGUGGAUUAUCAACAUCGGCCAUUUCAAUGACCCUGUGCACGGAGGCUCUUGGAUCCGCGGAGCUGUCUACUACUUCAAGAUCGCGGUGGCGCUAGCCGUGGCCGCCAUCCCCGAAGGUUUGCCUGCUGUCAUUACCACGUGUUUGGCUCUGGGCACCCGCCGCAUGGCCAAGAAGAAUGCCAUCGUCCGCAGCUUGCCAUCUGUGGAAACUCUGGGCUGCACCUCUGUCAUUUGUUCUGACAAGACAGGAACUCUGACUACCAAUCAGAUGUCUGUCUGCAGAAUGUUCAUUAUCAACAAAGCCGAAGGUGAGAGCUGCUCUCUGUCUGAGUUUACCAUCACAGGCUCUACUUAUGCACCAGAGGGGGAAGUAUACCAGGAAGGUAAACAAGUGAAAUCCUCUCAGUAUGAUGCUCUGGUGGAACUGGCCACCAUCUGUGCCCUGUGUAAUGACUCGUCGCUGGACUUCAACGAGGUGAAAGGUGUGUAUGAAAAGGUCGGCGAAGCGACAGAGACUGCUUUGACCUGUCUGGUUGAAAAGAUGAACGUCUUUGACACCCAAAUCCACAACCUGUCCAAGAUUGACAGGGCUAAUGCCUGUAACUCAGUGAUCAAACAACUGAUGAAGAAAGAGUGCACUCUGGAGUUCUCUAGAGACAGGAAGUCCAUGUCUGUUUACUGCACCCCCAAUAAGUCCCGUUCUUCCUUGGGAAAAAUGUUUGUCAAGGGAGCACCAGAGGGCGUUAUCGAGAGAUGCACCCAUGUCAGAGUGGGUAACAGCAAGGUUCCGUUAAACAAAGCCAUCAAAGAAAAGAUUAUGUCUGUGAUUCGUGAAUACGGGACCGGUCGGGACACCCUGAGAUGUCUGGCUUUGGCCACACGAGACAGCCCGCCCAAGAUGGACGACAUGAUAUUGUCUGAGCCCUCCAAGUUUUCUGAAUAUGAGUCGGACCUGACCUUUGUGGGCUGCGUCGGCAUGCUGGACCCUCCAAGACAAGAGGUGGCGGCGUCCAUCAAGCUGUGCCGUCAGGCUGGCAUCCGCGUCAUCAUGAUCACUGGGGACAACAAGGGCACAGCCGUGGCCAUCUGCCGGCGGAUCGGUAUCUUCUCUGAUGAUGACGACGUGGAGCAGAUGGCCUUCACCGGACGAGAGUUUGACGACCUGGAGCCCAACAAACAGCGUGAGGCCGUCACCCACGCGCGCUGCUUUGCACGCGUGGAGCCUUCGCACAAGUCCAAGAUCGUCGAGUUCCUGCAAGGAUUUGAUGAGAUCACAGCUAUGACCGGAGAUGGUGUGAACGAUGCCCCUGCCUUAAAGAAGGCGGAGAUAGGCAUCGCCAUGGGCUCUGGCACUGCCGUGGCCAAGUCAGCCUCUGAGAUGGUCCUAGCCGAUGACAACUUCUCUUCUAUUGUGGCUGCUGUUGAGGAAGGCCGCGCCAUCUACAACAACAUGAAGCAGUUCAUCAGAUACCUGAUAUCCUCCAAUGUAGGAGAGGUCGUCUGUAUCUUCCUGACUGCAGCACUGGGCUUUCCCGAGGCACUAAUCCCAGUUCAGUUGCUGUGGGUCAACCUGGUGACUGACGGUCUCCCCGCGACCGCGCUCGGCUUCAACCCUCCGGACCUCGACAUAAUGGAGAAGCUUCCCCGCAAUGCUAAAGAGCCGCUCAUUUCUGGAUGGCUCUUCUUCCGAUAUCUGGCCAUUGGCGGCUACGUUGGCGCCGCCACGGUGGGAGCCGCAGCUUGGUGGUUUACGCUCUCGGAAGAUGGACCUCAGGUCACGCUGUAUCAGCUGAGUCACUUCCUCCAGUGCACCCCAGACAACCCGGACUUUGACAACCUGGACUGCGAGGUGUUUGAGUCGCCCUACCCCAUGACCAUGGCACUCUCUGUCCUUGUCACCAUCGAGAUGUGCAACGCUCUCAAUAGUCUGUCAGAGAACCAGUCCCUGCUGCGGAUGCCCCCUUGGGAAAACGUUUGGCUGCUGGGGGCUAUCUGCCUCUCCAUGUCUCUGCACUUCCUAAUCCUUUAUGUGGAACCUCUGCCAGUCAUCUUCCAGAUCACCCCUCUGGAUGCCUCCCAGUGGUUGAUGGUGCUGAAGAUCUCUGUGCCAGUCAUUCUGCUGGACGAGCUGCUGAAGUUUACAGCCAGGCACCACUUGGACUUGGGUAAACAGUUGGAGAAACCGGUGGCGGGUCACAAAGGGCGACGCGCUCUCUCCGCAUGGGCCGAGGGCAUCUCGUGGCCCUUUGUGGCCAUCUCGCUGCCUCUGGUGCUGUGGAUCUACAGCACUGACACUAACUUGGCUGCCGUGUUGUGGCCCUGACUGACCUCCCGGGCACCGCUGUGGAGUGGACAUUAACGUGCACAUAUCUAACAAAAAAACAUUAACUUCCAGUCUACACUUGCUCCUGGUCUGAUAAAAAGACCCAUCUUUGAUGUUUAGGACAUUUUUAGCAAUGCAUUUCUGUGGUGGGGUGGGGUAGGGUGGGCUGCAAUCACAGUUCCAUAACCCAGGUUUUUAUAUGUAUUAUUACUACACUGGUCAACAGCAAACUUUAAUCAAAGAUGGCUUUUAUCAAAACAUAUCUUUGAGGCUGAUUUCAAAAAUCUCUUUUCUUCUAGCACAUCAUCUUUUUGAGAUCAUUCCAUUGUUUUGUUUUUAGGUUUGACUUAUACAGAUUUUAACAUGCAUUGUAAUUGUAAUAGCUAUGAUGUUUCAGAAAAAAAAUCCAACUGUUGCCGAGCCUAACUCAAUUCAUAGCUAUACUAGAGUGGCUUGCGAAGGUAUUGGGACACAAUUGUGAAGUGGAAUGAAAUUCAUAUGAUAUUUUAAAGUUUUUCUUCAACAAGUUCAAUUUUGUUCUUAUCUGACCAGAGCAGUCGUUUCUUCCAGGCCUAGAUUUGCAAACUGCAAGUGGAACUUUUUCAGGGUGACUUUCAAAAAUGGCUUUUCUCUUGCCACACUUCCAUAAAGGAUAGCUGUGUGCAGUGCAAGUAAAUGUUUUCCUAUGGACAGAGUCCUCCACUCAAGUCGUGCACUUCACCCAGAGGGUUGAUAGGGUCCAUUUUGGUGGCAUCGCUGAUCUGUGCUCUCCUUAUAUAAACUGAAAGAAAAGGGACGGCCCGGUCUGAGUAAGUUUGAGGCUGUCUCUCUACUCAGUACGAUUGAUCAAACAGUGCUCUGGCAGAUGUUUAAAGCUUGUGAACUCUUUUCAUAUCUUAAUCCUGCUUUAAACCUCUCCACAACUUUACCCCGGACCUGCAUCGUGUGUUCCUUGAGCUUCAUGGUGCUGUU